AUGAAUUCAAAUGAAGUUUUGGAAGAUCAUAGUAUUGAGCCAAGCAAAAUAUUGAGUGAUCCAGUUGUUUCAAAUCAGUUUCAUGAUCCUGAUGCUAUUAUUUCAAACCCUUUAGGAAAGCCUUCUCCUGUUUCUUCAGAUCAUGCUUUGGUUAUUGGUGAAUCUUCUACAAGCAUUGUAGGUUUUAGAAAUCCAAAUGAUCCAAUUCCUCUUAAUAGUUCUGUAGAGAAGAUUAAGCAACCUCUCAUUUUUUCUGCAAUACCAAUUCAGUCUUAUAACAUCAAUGCCAAGCCAGGUAGACCAAAAAGAGAUCAACAAUCGGCUCUAGCACUUUGUUCACCAUAUCAUAAAAAGGAAGUUAAUACAACUGAAUGCGUUUCACGUUUGGAAGAAAGGGUUGCGGGUUCCUUGUUUUUGGUGAUGUGUAACCCCAAGGAAAAAGUCUAUGAAUCUACCAAUGGAUUUGCUGGUAUAAGAUCCGUGAUGGAGUCUCUUAUACCGGGUUGUAGGAUUCACAGAGAUGUUAUUGAUUUAUGGUCUGCUUUUCUGAAUGAUCUGGAAAAAUAUAAAGGUCGCACUACUCCUUCAAGGUUUUUCAUGCCAUGCUCACUUAUGACAAUUAUUGUUUUCAAGAAGAUGGAUAGUAUUAAUGCAUGA